CGCCAAUGAAUGGCGUCAAACCCCCGCACCCUGUUGAUGCCUAAUUCACCCUUUGCUGUUUUAUAUAUCGCGAUGAUAUCCUUACUGCUUCUCAGAGACACAUCAUCAGUUCUGAAUAAUGGCCAAUCGAGACCUUUUCUACUUCUACGCUCCAACAUGGGACUAUCCUCCAGAAGGCCCCAUCAAACUCGGCAAUGUCAUCAGCUCUGUCAAGAAGCCUCACAUACCCCUCAUCCAUUCUCCACCGACUGAAGAAACAGGCGUCUUCAAAACCGAAAAGAAGAAAGUUCAAUACACGACGGAGAAACUGCGAAGCGGAAAGUUCUCAAUCCUGACCAAGUUUCUCAGUGUUCUUGGGUUUGGCGUAGACAUUGGUGCUGAGGUAGAAAGAAUUAAUGAGGAAAUAUUCAAGUUUGAGACCCUGGAGACCACUGAGUUUAUUCCAACGUCAGAAUAUCUCCAGAAUUGUGUCGAAUCUAGGGAUGUUCGCGAAUGGCUAGAGCGAUCUGGCUCUGCUAAACCACUUUACAUCAUCACUGGACUGAAAUCUGUGACCGGGGCUUCCGCUACUACGCUCAAGUCGCGCACUGUCGGUGGAAACCUUUCUGUGGAAGUCGAUGGCACAAUCUUGAGUGGCGGUACUGUACCUAUUGGCGGUGGCCCUGGCAUUGAGGGAAAGGCUGGUACAAGUCAAGGCACCAAGUGGGAGGGAGGUAACUUUGUCUUUGCCUUUCGUGUUAGCAAGGUCCGAGUGAAGAAGACUGGCAAGAUUAAGAGCGAAGAUCAGUACACCAAAGGAGCUAACCUUGAUCUUCAAGAUGUGAAGCGCAAACAAACCGGCCUCAAGAUCACUGCGGUUGAAGAACCCAGCGCCCAGGAUGAAGGGUUUGAGGAGGAGACGUUAAUGGAGGGGGACGAGGAGGUUCUCUGUGCCAUUCCAAAGGACGAGGACUCAGAUGAUGGGUGAUAGUACUACAAAAGCUACGGUCAAAAGUUUGCAGUUCAAAUGAUAUCAUGUAUUGCUAUACUGUCAUGUUCUCAGCGCUCUAGAAAUC